GACAACAUUCACCCCCUUCAUUCAUACCCUACUGCAUGCACACAGCAACGGAUUCUCCUGACAGUGUGCAGCAUAUGUUACCUUUUAAUUUCGUACUGCGAUCAGGGAUGAUAGUAUUGGAAUGAGAGCGCGGGGUUGGGUAGCUUGGUGCCGCAGUGUGUGCGUAUUCAAUACCUCGCUUGAUCGAAUUUCUUUACUACCUAUGUAUCGUCGCAUCAAAAGCUCAGACGAUUUCGGGUACAGGAGAAGUGCCCAUAUUGCCUCCCCACCGUAGGCCGCGCGCCCAUCAUGACAGUCGCUUCCAUACUAUCAAACUGCACAGCCAACUUCAACCUGUAUCCUACCACGUAGCAAAGAAGAAAGAGUGUGAGAGAAGAAGCCAGCUCGCCGCCCUCCCCAAUCCUUCCAGGCAGCAUUACGUUCUGCGCUUUCGUCAUGUUAGCGGUUCUCUUCAUAGGCGCCGUCCUUGCCUAUGUUGCAUGGACUAUCGCUUGCUUGGAAGCGAAUGUUCGUAAAGCGAAAGCCAUCAAAGUCCCUGUUGUACGCCUCCCUAUUGAUUCAAAUAAUGUCCUAUGGAUUCUCCUCCAGCCGCAAGUCUGGAAGAUACUCGACGCGCUUCCCAUCGAAUGGUCCUCCUACCCGCGAUUUGUGCGCUUUUCUCGUCGCGGAUGGUAUUUCGCCGAAAGAGCAACCAUUCAUGAACAGAUAGGACCUGUGUGGGCGCUCGUGAGUCCGGUCGCCAUCAACAUACAUUUUGCGGACCCGGACACCAUUCAUGAUAUCGUUACACGGCGGGGUGACUUCCAACGACCGAUUGCAGAGCUGAAACUCUUGGAACUCUACGGUCCAUGCAUCUCAACUGCAAAAUGGGAAGAGUGGCCUCGGCAUCGCAAAGUGAUGGCUACACCUUUCAAUGAAACCAUUAUGAAGUCCGUCUGGGAUGAGUCCCUCCGUCAAGCUAAGGGGAUGCUCCGGUCAUGGGUUACUGCAUCUACAGAUGGUAUAGCCAGCUAUCAGAAAGAUACGCGAGCCCUUUCGCUUAAUGUGCUUGCUGCUACAGGUUUUGGCAAAAGCUAUGAUUUCCGGGGCUCCACAGAACCUCAAAUUGAUGACGAGGGAGGUUACCGAGACGCUCUCCAAACGGUCCUCGACAACAUCAUCCUCCUGAUGUUAGUACCAUUCAAUGUUUUAUGUAAGAUGCCCAAGAGCUGGGCAAGAAUCGGCAAUGCAGGGAUCUCUUUCCAGAAGCAUAUGGUGAAAUUGCUGGAAGAGGAGACCAAGGCGCUUGCUCAAGGCCAACCGGGCUCUGGCGCAAUCAUGCCGUCUUUCGUCCGCGCCGCUGACAUUCAUCGUCACGAGUCUACUGCCGGGUCACCCUACAAAGUGACAAAAAAGGGUCUCUCUGUUGAUGAGAUUUUUGGCAAUCUCUUCGUGAUCAACUUUGCUGGGCACGAUACAACAGCCAAUACAUUGGCCUUUGGCAUGUUACUUCUAGGGGCGCAUCCUGAAGUACAGGCUUGGCUGGCAGAGGAAAUCUCGAUCGUGACAGGAGAUAGUCUUGUGGAGAGCUGGGACUACAAAGAGUUAUAUCCAAAGCUUAAGCGUUGCCGAGCCGUAUUCUAUGAAGUCUUACGUCUCUACCCGCCUGUGCCUGCAUUGCCUUCAAUUGCCUCCAAUCAUACGCAGGAGCUCAAGAUAAGCACCCAAACGCUUCAUAUACCUAAAGGGGUCAAUCUCACCGUCAACCUGAGAGCGAUGCAAGUGGACCCAGCUUAUUGGCCUGACGCAAACAGCUGGCUGCCCUCUCGCUGGAUUUCAAAUCCCGCGCCCCCGAAAUCCCCCACGGCUAUUCAACUAGCCAGCGAAGAGCUGAUCAUCCCAAGUAAGAGUAUAUUCUUUCCAUGGGGCGAAGGGCCACAAAUCUGUCCCGGAAAGAAGUUCGCUGAGGUACAGGCGGUCGCGGUAUUGGCCUGCCUGUUCAAUAUGCAUCGCUUGGCGAUAAAAAAGCAGCCCGGUGAGAGUGAAGAGGCUGCAGUCAAGCGAGCCACUGAAUGUAGCAACGAUGUGGAUUUGGAGAUGCUCGUGAGACUGAGAGAUGCGGAUCGUGUGCACUUAGUUGCGAAUGAGGCCUAA